ACCGCGCGGAGCCAGCUGGCUCCAGACCCAGCGAGCUGCUCCUGCAAGACGGGCGGCCGCAGGCAGGCAGAGCCGCCGCCGCCGUCUCGCCCCAUCCCAAAGCGGGAUUCCCAGCCAACCUUUUUUCCUCCGGAUCGGAUCGGAUCAAGGCAGGAGAAGCCGAAAGGCUGGGCAACAACUGCGGGGCGCCGGAUCCUUUAGACGGCUGAGUGCGGGGUAAAAUCCGGAUCAGGUGAAAAGCAGGGCGCGCGCUUCCUCUCCGUCGGAUCUCGGGAGAGGCUCCCCGGAUCGAGCGAGGAGAAAGGGAGGGAGGGAGAAGAGAGAAGCGAGACGCGCAACUGGACAGCCCCGAUCCUCGCUUGCGCGGCCCGACGGCGCAAAAAUAAUUUUUUUUAAAAAAAAGACGUGCUUCCCAAGAGCGCAGGGAAAAAAAGAGCUCCCCGACGUGUCUCGGUUGGGACGACGGCGCGCCCAGGCUCCCCAUCUUCCGGAGUUGGCUUAGCAGGAUCCGCGCAGAGGAGGAGGAGAAAAAAAAAAAAAAAGGAGCGUUCCCAGCCGCUGCGCCCUUGUGGAGAAGCGCGGCUCCGUCGGCCGUCCUAGCCCGGCUGGGUCCCCUCGAGGGCAGCGAUGGCCGAGCUGAAAGCGCUGGGCGGCGAGUCUUACCUGGCCCUGGCGCAGAGCUACAACCAGACGGCUUUCGCUUACGGCGCCGUGCGGGGCGCGGGCGAAGCGGGGCGCGGUUACCCCGGGGGCGCGGGCGGGCUUGCUUUCCCGGCGGCUCAACUGGGCAAAGCGGCGGAGAGCAGCGGCGAGCAGAGCGGCGACGACGACGAGGCUUUCGAAGGCUCCAAGGCGGGCAGCCCGACCUUCGAGCGCGUCGGCGGCGGAGAAGCCAAGCUGAAGGCGGGCGGCGUCGGAGGCGCCCUCGGGCCCAAGAAACCCAAGGAGCAGCGCUCGCUUCGCCUCAGCAUCAACGCCCGCGAGCGGCGGCGGAUGCACGACCUGAACGACGCGCUGGACGGCUUGCGCUCCGUCAUCCCUUACGCGCACAGCCCGUCGGUGCGCAAGCUCUCCAAGAUCGCCACGUUGCUCCUGGCCAAGAACUACAUCCUGAUGCAGGCCCAGGCCCUGGAGGAGAUGCGGCGUUUGGUGGCUUACCUCAACCAGGGACAGACUCUGGGAGCCUCCAUCCCGCCCGGCUUGGCUCCCUUCGGACAAUCGGCCGCCGUCUAUCCUUUCACGGGCGCCGCCUUGCCCAACUGCCCCGAGAAAUGUACUGCCUUCGCCGGGGCCGCUUCGGGGCUUUGCAAACAUUGCAGCGAAAAACCGUAAAUGGGACCUUUGCUUGGACGCUUCUGCAAAAAUAAUAAUAAUAAUAAUAAU